GUAGACUGACAUAAAGUACUUUAUAUACUAACCUGUGAAGAAAAUAAAGACGCUCCAUUUCAGCUAAAACUUUAGGGGAUAUUUUUGUUCGGUAAAACAUGAGGAUUGAAAUAUUCUGGACGCCGACUGAACAAUACCGUCUUACAGAUAAUUGAACUUGUUCAGGUGACAUAUGCCUUAUGAUCCUGUAAACACCGUAUACUACUCUCAGCAUCAACUAUAGUUUUGAAAUAAGGGUUAUGGUGUUUUACCUAAUUGGCCUGGGGUUGGGUGAUCCCCGAGAUGUGACUGUACGUGGGCUGGAGGUCAUCAAGAAGUGUGAGCGGGUCUACUUGGAGGCGUACACGUCCAUCAUCAGUGGUGGAAAAGAGGGAUUGGAGAAAUUCUACGGUCGUGAGGUAAUUUUAGCAGAUCGGGAGCAAGUAGAGCAAGCAUCCGAUGACUUAUUUGUGGGCGCGGGAUCUAGCGAUGUUGCCUUACUGGUGGUUGGGGAUCCUCUUGGUGCCACUACACACACAGACCUUAAGCUGCGUGCCCAUCAGUUGGGUAUCCCUAUCGAGGUACUCAGUAAUGCUUCCAUUAUGAAUGCAGUGGGCUGCUGUGGACUGCAGUUGUAUCACUUUGGGGAAACUGUGUCUAUACCAUUUUGGCAGGAUGGCUGGGAGCCCGUUAGCUUCUGUGAAAAGAUUAAUCGAAACCUGCGAAAAAAACUUCACACACUCUGUUUGCUGGAUAUAAAGGUGAAGGAGCAGAGUUUAGAAAAUUUGCUGAGAGGAAGAAAAAUCUUUGAGCCUCCACGUUACAUGAGUGUCCAUCAGGCAGCUCAGCAGUUACUGACUGUGCUGCAGAGACACAAUGCUGGUGCACCAGACAGUAGUAGGGGCCCAGGAAAUGAUAAUGAAUGGCUCUUGACCAAGGACACCCAAUGUGUUGGAAUUGUUAGAGUUGGAACAAGUUCACAACACAUCAUGAGGGGCACUUUAAAAGAGCUAGCAGAGUCUGACCUUGGUGAGCCACUUCACUCUCUUAUUGUUUGUGGGGAAUGUCACCCUAUGGAAGAGGAAGCCUUAACCAAGCUGGCAGCCUAUUAUGAUGGCAGACAAAAGGAUUAUCACAACUCUACCAGAAAACAAGGAGUUUUUCACAUAGUUGGCCUUGGACUUGGACAGCCAGGUGAUGUGACAGUUAAGGGCCUUGACCUCAUCAGAAAGUCGUCACGAAUAUUCCUGGAAGGGUACACCUCCAUCAUGGCCGGUGGUGUUGAAGCAAUGGAAGCUUUGUUUGGAAGAAAAAUUAUAGUGGCAGACAGAGAAUUGGUGGAACAAAAGUCGGAAGAAAUCUUGCAAAGUACUCACAAUGGAGAUGUUGCAUUCUUGGUCAUUGGAGAUCCAUUUAGUGCCACCACUCACACAGAUCUGAUAGUUCGUGCUUUAGAUGAAAAUAUUCAGGUUAACAUUGUUCACAAUGCAUCAAUAUUGAAUGCUGUUGGCUGUUGUGGGCUCCAGCUUUACUCUUUUGGGGAGGCAGUGUCCAUACCAUUCUGGCAAGAUGGGUGGAGGCCGGACAGUUUUUAUGACAAAAUAUGCAGUAACUUGGAGAAUGGCUGGCAUACCUUAUGCUUAUUAGAUAUCAAGGUGAAAGAACAGAGUGUAGAAAACUUAGUCAAGGGACGGAAAAUAUACGAACCCCCAAGAUUCAUGACCAUGUCGCAGGCUGCUGCACAGCUUGUAGAAACCAUAAACAUUAGAGCAUCACAAGGGAGGCCAACACCAGUAGGUCCAGAUCAGUUAGUGAUAGGGUUGGCCAGGAUAGGCACAAGCACACAACAGUUGAAAGCAUGUACACUGGAGGAGAUGGUUGAAGUUGACCUUGGUGACCCCUUACACACACUUGUGGUAGUGGGAGAAACCCACCCAAUGGAAGAUGAGUAUGUUGACAUGUACAGGUCCUAAGAAUGAACACUUAUGUCUGAUCGUGGUAAUUAGAUGAUUAUGAAAAGUAUUCUUCCUCCACUUUGUAUACAAGAUGGCUGUUAUUUGUAUGUGAUGAAUGGAGCAUUUCUUAGCAUGUGCUCAGUGUGUGGAUAGAAAUUAUGCUUUAUAUAUAAUUUAACAUCUGUUCUAGAUGGCCUCCAUUGUGUUGUGUUAUCUUAACCUUUGCUGUAUAUUGUUUUCCAUAUACAGUACCAUUUGUGCCAUUUACUUCCCAUGAUCAGGGUACAGAGGGUAAGAUACACAGCUGUUUAGGCCAAGAGGCAUUAAUGAUCAUGUUAACCAGUGUAUAAGGCAUAGGGCUUUCAUUUUCAUUAAGGCAGAAAGGUCCUAUAUGUACAUAUGUUCAAAGAUGAAAAUUUCUUAAACUAGUUUUAUUUUAGCCCAAGUCUUGGGUGAUUGUUGCAUGGUGUAUCCUCUGCUUCAUCAAGGGUAUAUAAUAUUUUUUUGUGAGGGGUGAAGAAUGUACCUUUAUGAGAUGCACUGUACAGGGUUUGGAACACCUAUUUUGUUAUUGCAGGUCAUUGAGGUACAGUAUUAUGUACCUGGUCUGCCUUAAAUAUUCUUGAAUGAAUGUUCACUUUAGUUAUUGAGGUUGCAAGAAUGUCCAUUUUUUUUUUAAUGCUCUUAGUGUAAUGUAUUUGUUUUAUUAGAAUUUUUUUUUAAGUAAGUACUUUUGUUUGUAAGUAAUGUUCCUCAACAAUUCUAUUCAUCAUUCUAUUCAUCAUGUGCCAAAUUUUGAUAACUGUAUAGAUUAAAUUCUGUUUUGAAAUGAAUGCUGCUUAUCACUUCUGCAGGAAAUACUCUUUUUUAUAUGUUGUGUAUGUAUGUAUGUAUGUAUGUAUGUAUGUAUGUAUGUAUGUAUGUAUGUAUGUAUGUAUGUAUCAGGGCUGUGGAGUCGGAGUCGAGGAG